AUGACGAACGUUGAUAUUGAAGAGCAAGAUUCAUGCACGCCAGAGACCUCUGCAAAGUCUAAACUUACAGGACAAUAUCCUGUUGAAGAUGACGUAAAGAAAAGGAAGGACAGGGAAGAGAUUAAUGAUGAUAACUUGCCUAGGAAAGUGCCAAAGAAGGUAUAUCGGCCUAAAGUGUUUUCUCAAAUAACUAACAGAACAAACAAAUCUCAUGCCAAAGGCAGAACUCCCAAACCUUCAACUCCAAAACAGAGAACAAGUUAUGUAAGGACGAGACAGUUAUUCACUGAAGGCUCAUCUGUUUCUAAUAAUGAAUUAGGCAUUGAAUACAAUUCACUGCAAAGUUAUCAGACUCUGUCAUAUUUGUCUGGUUCAUGUCUAUUACAAAGUAGACAAAUUGGACCAAAUUUUCCACUCUUGUUCAAGAAAAAGAGAGCGGCUAGACAAAAAGCAUGUUUAAAAAAAUUCUUGAUCCCUUUUCAGAAAGGAACGAGAUCAAAGAGUUUCGUUAGGAGGAGAAGAGAUUGGGUAGAUUUCAGCGUAGAAGGUAGCACCUUCAAGAGUAAAAAGUUGAUAACUAGAAUCAGGAAAGUUCGUAUUUAUAUGAAAAAAGGUGGUAGAAACACUGAAAAGCUCUUUCAAUUGGUUCCUUACAAAAGGUCAAUGGAUGUUUUACUUGACGAAGAGACGUUAAGGGUUUGGAACUUGCUAAAGGAGGAAAAAGGACACGAAGAGCAUGAUCAGACGAAGAAACAAUAUUGGGACUUCAUCAGAAAAUUAUUUCAAUUGAAGGUUGAAUCAUUCAUAGAACACAUGCAUGUCAUUCAAGGUGAUAGACGUUUUUUACCAUGGAAAGGUUCAGUUUUAGAUUCUGUAAUUGGAGUCUUCUUAACUCAAAAUGUUGCUGACUAUUUGUCAAGCAAUGCGUACAUGACACUUGCUUCAAAGUUUCCUGUGAAAAAUUAUGAACCAAAUGGGAUUACGAACAACGUUGAUUGUAAUACGAAGCGUGAGGAGGGAGUGAAAGAAAAGAAAGUUGAAGAGAAGGAAGAAGAAAAAGUUGAGAAGGUAAGUGAAAAGGUAGAUUUUGUUGAUGGUGAGAAAAAAUCAAAUGAGAAGAAAAGUAAAAAUAAAGAGGAAAAGGAGAAGUUGAUGGAGGAAAAACGCGAGUAUUGGAACACACUAAGAAAAAUACACACAAAAGAGUAUCGCGAAUCUGAUGAAAUGGAUUCUGUGGAUUGGGAAGCAGUUCGUCGCGCAAAAGCUAAGGAAGUUGCUGCAACUAUUUCUGCUCGAGGCCAACACAAUAUCAUUGGAGGAAGAAUUCAGCAUUUACUAAAUAACUUGAUGCACUCCAAUGGAAGCCUGGACUUAGAAUGGCUAAGACAUGCUCCACCAAAGGAAGUCAAGGAAUAUUUAUUGACAAUACAUGGAUUGGGAUUGAAGAGUGUCGAGUGCAUUCGACUUUUAACUCUAUGUCAUAGUGCUUUUCCCGUGGAUAUAAAUGUUGCAAGAAUUGUUGUGCGUUUGGGAUGGGUUCCCAUUCAACCAUUGCCCGAAUCAAUUCAAAUACAUAAUUUAGAAAUGUUUCCUGAUUCCAAUAAAAUUCAACAAUACCUUUGGCCACGGUUAUGCACUCUCGAUCCGCGUCAAUUGUAUUAUCCAUCAUCUUAA